GGAAAGACUUCUGGUAGGAAGUGGCAUUUGAAUUGAGCUUUGAAAGGAGCUAGGGAUUGUCAGAGAAGCACUUUUUGUUCUCCUACUGAAGGCAAGAGACACAGCUAUUGACCACUUUCAAAACGACCAAAUAAUGGUGGAAUCAAUUCUGGAUUUACAAACAGAAGACCCUGUGAAAAAAAGCACUCUUCACAGAUAUAAAAUACUUUCUGCGGUUCUUUGUAUUUUGUUGGUGGUUGUGUCACUUGGCCUAGGCCUGGGACUUGGAUUAAGGAGACAAGAGCAAGGGAGUUGUAGAAACAAAUGCUACGUGCAGUCCUACAGAGGACUGGAGGGCUGCCAAUGUGACAGUGGCUGCAGAGAGAGGAAGAACUGCUGCUGGGAUUUUGAAGAAACUUGUGUGAAAUCGACUCAGAUAUGGACAUGCAAUACAUUUCGUUGUGGAGAGACUCGGCUACCUAAUAGCCUCUGUUCUUGUUCUGACGACUGCUUGCAGAGAAAAGACUGUUGUACUGAUUAUACAAGUGUUUGCAAAGGAGAAAGGCGCUGGGUAGAUGAAGAAUGUAAUGCUUCUCAGGAGUUUCAGUGUCCAAAAGGGUUUAGCCUGCCACCUGUGAUUUUGUUUUCCAUGGAUGGUUUUAGAGCUGAGUAUUUACAUACAUGGAGCACACUGAUGCCUAAUAUCAACAAACUGAAAACAUGUGGAAUACAUUCGAAGUACAUGAGAGCAGCUUAUCCAACCAAAACCUUCCCGAAUCACUAUACCAUUGUCACAGGUUUAUAUCCAGAAUCCCAUGGCAUCAUUGACAAUAACAUGUAUGAUGUACAUCUUAACAAGAACUUUUCACUUUCUUCAGUAGAGAAAUUCAAGCCAGAAUGGUGGAAUGGCCAACCAAUCUGGCUAACAGCUAUGUAUCAAGGUUUGAAGGCUGCCACCUACUUCUGGCCAGGCUCUGAUGUACCUAUUAAUGGCACCUUUCCAUCCUAUUACAUGAAUUAUAGCAACUCUGUUCCAUUUGAAGAGAGAAUUUCUACAGUCCUGAAAUGGCUUGACCUACCAGAAUCUGAAAGACCAGAUUUUCUUACCUUAUAUAUAGAAGAGCCAGAUUCUGCUGGACAUGCAGGUGGACCAGUCAGUGGUAAUGUAAUUAUGGCCCUAGAACAAGUAGAUAAGGGUUUUGGAAUGUUAAUGGAGGGACUAAAACAAAGGAACCUACACAACUGUGUCAAUGUCAUUCUUCUGGCUGAUCAUGGAAUGGACCAGACAUCCUGUAGUAGGUUAGAAUAUAUGACUGAUUACUUUCCAGAAAUAAACUUUUACAUGUAUGAAGGGCCUAGCCCUCGCAUCCGAUCUCGAGAUAUCCCAAAGGACUAUUUUACUUUUGAUUCUCAAGGAAUUGUUGGAAACCUCAGUUGUCGAAAAGAAGAUCAGCAUUUUAAGCCCUACCUGACUCCUGACUUGCCUAAACGACUACAUUAUGCUAAAAAUAUUAGGAUUGACAAAGUUCACCUUCUUGUAGAUCAGCAGUGGCUAGCUGUAAGAAAUAAAAAUUAUAGAAAUUGUGGAGGUGGUACCCAUGGUUAUGACAAUGAAUUUAAAAGCAUGGAGGCUAUCUUUUUGGCACAUGGAUCGGGAUUUAAUCAGAAGAUUGAAGUGGAACCUUUUGAAAAUAUUGAGAUCUAUAACCUAAUAUGUGACCUCUUGCACAUUAAACCAGCACCAAACAAUGGAACUCAUGGAAGUCUAAACCAUCUUUUGAAGCUGCCUUUCUAUGUUCCAUCACACCCCAAAGAAGUGUUGAACCUUUCUUCUUGCCCCUUUGCUAACCCAAAGCCCACAGAUGAUUUAAGUUGUUCAUGUGCUACACUAGAUCAGAAUGCUGAGAUAGAGGUGAAUCAAAAUCUAAAUCUCACCUCCAAAGAAGAAAUACAGACAUACAACGAAAAUCUUCCCUACGGGAGGCCCAGAAUUACACAAGGAAGCAAAAAAUACUGUCUCCUUUACCAGCAUGACUACAUGAGUGGAUUUAGUCAAGAAAUCCGCAUGCCGCUGUGGAGCUCAUAUACAAUCUCUAAACCUGGAGACACAUCGCCUCUUCCUCCCACUGUUCCAGACUGUCUGCGGGCUGAUGUUAGGAUUUCUCCUUCUCAGAGCCAAAAUUGUUCCAUCUAUUCAACUGAAAAGAAUAUCACCCACGGCUUCCUUUACCCUCCUAUGCUCAGCAAGACAUUGAACGGACAAUAUGAUGCUUUACUUACAAGCAAUUUGAUUCCUACUUAUAAAGCCUUUAAACAAAUGUGGGACUACUUCCAUAGUGUUCUGCUUGUGAAAUAUGCUUCUGAAAGAAAUGGAGUGAAUGUGAUCAGUGGACCAGUGUUUGACUACAACUAUGAUGGACAUUCUGAUGAGCCCCAUGACAUUACAGAGUUUAUAGAAAAUACUGGCAUUCCCAUCCCAUCUCAUUACUUUGUGGUGCUGACUAGCUGCAAAAACCAGACUUAUACUCCACUGAACUGCCCUGGCUCCUUGGAUGUCUUGCCUUUUAUCAUUCCUCAUCGACCUACCAAUAUAGAAAGCUGUCCUGCAAAUAGAUCAGAGGCUCUUUGGGUUGAAGAAAGAUUUCAGGCUCAUGCUGCUCGGGUGCGUGAUGUGGAACUUCUCACAGGACUUGACUUUUACCAAGAGAGAAGCCAGAAUGUCUCUGAUGUCUUGCAGCUAAAAACAUUCCUGCCCAUUUUUGACUCUUAAUAAAGGAAUAUAGAAACAUGAUUUUGGAGAAUGUGGGCAAUUGCUUCUUCUCCUGCUGUAGGUUUAGACAAUGAAGAUGGUGGUUAUUUCUUCCUUAGCUUCAAAGCUACACCAAGUAGUCAUUUCCUCUCUCUUUUGCUUCUAAUGUCUUUUCAAGGGUCUAUCAUCCUAUGUUUUCCCAGUACACCCCAGGGAAAACAGAAGGAACAACUCCCAAUUUGGGAUUAAAUCUGUACUGUUUGAAUUUCACUGUAAAGUAAACAAAUGGGAUACUCUGUGCAGAACACAAGGACACAAACUGUGGAGUUUCUUCCUCAGUAUUCAGUGAUCCUUCAUGAGCUGCUUACACAGUGUGGUAGCAUUUUACUAACCUGAAAGCCCAUUGAAACUCAUUUGAUAGAACCUUGAUAUAUCUUCACAAAUUGCCUUGGAAGAAUUUUACUUUCUUUUUUUUUUUUUUUUUACUAAAAUUUCAAUUUAACCAUGGCUAUUAAAACCAACUAAUUUCUUCAAAAGACAUCUUCUCUUCUAAUUCAUUAGAUUUUAAGCAGUAUAAUAACAUUAAUAUAUUUUUAAAAAAUUAAUUAUGAUGCUAAUAUUUAUAUAGACCUUUAAGAUUUACAUUACUUAAUUUGAUCCUCCCAGUAGCUGGUAGGUAGCCAUUACUGUUAUUCUGAUUUUCUAGACAAGGAAAAAGGAGGGAUUUGAACCUAGGUUUUCCUGACUCCAAAUUAAUUUCUCUAUCCACUACAUUAAGCUGCUUCCUGAAUAAAAAUGGAAAUGUAGAAAGGAUUGAAGCAUUUUUUUUAUUCAACUUUAAGAAACAGAAGACAUAGGAACCAUGGAUUGGUCCAUAUUGGGUAAUUUCUGCCAUGUUUUAGACCUUCUGUCUCUAUAGGUUUACACAAAAUAUUGCUGGUGAAAUAGACUACAUAAGCAGAUACUAUUGGGAAAUUUCCAACUUUGUCUACAUAGAGCCUGAAUUCAUUUGAAGCAAAGAUUUUGAGCAUGGAUUUGGUGGGGGAUUGGGAGGAGUGAAUUAAUUUUACCUUAAAAGAGAUUCAAAAUAUUUUUCUUAGAGAAGUUCCAAUGAUUUUGGAAAAAUGCUCAUGUUGUAAAGAUGGGGAAUGAUUCUUCCCAUCCAUUGCAUUUUGAUUUCACAAAUCAAGAAGAGAAAGAAAUAACUACCUGAUAAGAUAAUUUAAGCAGUGAUUUGAAUUUAUGUAAGUUAUUUUCCUGGGUGUGAUUGACUAAAAACACACGGAUCAGUGUUGGAUGGGUAUUUUAAUAAUUCAGCCCUUGAUUCUUCACACAGCUAUGGUUUCCAACUUUAUGAUGGAUACAGUUAUAUUA